UAGUCGGUCUUACAGUUAGAGGCUCAGUUCCAGCAUCGCGGAGUGACUUGUUUUCUGAACUUCGUCUGCCACUAUUUAAAACGUCUCCUGGUGAACUUUGCUCCUUCAGAAGCAGCGUGUGGUUUCAGCCAUGACGUUGUGUUGAUAGACACACUAAAGUUGGCGGGAGCAGGUCCGUGGUUCCGUGUCAUUGAUGCGCCGGCGGUUCCCAGCAGAGUGGUGAGAUGGCCAUCGCCCAUGUGGCCACCGAGUACGUGUUCAGCGACUUCCUGCUGAAGGACCCGAACCACGCGCUCUACCGCAGCGUCCGCACCGAGCUGGCCCUGGACAAGAUGGUGACCUGCGUGGCGGUGGGCCUGCCCCUCCUCCUCAUCUCGCUGGCCUUCGCUCAAGAGGUGUCAGUUGGUGCUCAGAUCAGCUGUUUCUCUCCGUCCAACUUCUCGUGGAAGCAGGCCGGUUAUGUGGACUCGUACUGUUGGGCAACCGUACACACACACACUCUGCCGCUGUGGCUGCAUAAGUUCUUCCCCUACAUUCUGCUGCUGGUGGCGGUGCUGAUGUACACGCCAGCGCUGUUCUGGAGAUUUUCCGCGGCGCCCCUCCUGCAGUCUGACCUGGGCUUCAUCAUGGAGGAGCUGGACCGGAGCUACAACCGCGCUGUCACUCUGGCCAAACGCAUGGCCAACACUGACAGCGACCCCACCGACGGCUGCUUCAAGUACCCGCUGGUAGAGAAGUUUUUGAUGACCAAGCGUUGCACCCGCUCGAUGCUGCUGUACUACCUGCUGUGUCGCGGCCUGACUCUGGUCACCCUGCUGUGCGCCUGCAUCUACCUGGGCUACUACCUCCGCCUGGCCUCCGCCACCGACGAGUUCAGCUGCCUGCUGCGUGUGGGCCUGCUGGUCUCCGACCCGAGCGUCCCAAAGGAGGUGCAGUGCAAGCUCAUCGCCGUGGGAGUCUUCUCUCUGCUGAGCCUCGUCAACCUGGUCCUGUUCAUUGCGCUGGUUCCCGCGGUGAUCUAUGCUGCCGUCCGGCCCCUCUUCCGCACCGGACAUGCCCGCUUCCUAGAAAUCUACCAAUCGCUGCCCACCGCUAGCGUCCUGCCCAACCCCACAAACCAAUGGGACGAUCUCUCUCUGUAUCUGCUCUUCCUCGAGGAGAACAUCAGCGAACUCAAGUCCUACAAAUACAUCAAGGUGUUGGAGUUGUUGAAGAGACGAGGCGACUCCUGCGGAGAGGACUUUGAUGCCGUGGAGCUGCUGCAGACUCUCUGCCUGGUGAAGAUGGACAGCGUGGAUGGGAGGAAACCCGCCGACGCUGCCGGAAAACAGGAUCAAGUGAAGACAAAGGCGGCGGAUUCAAAGAACAGCCACGGCCGUCCCAACUCGUCUGCAGGAGACAAAGACUGCAGGACGGGGACUGAGAUGAAAGAGCUCUCUCCGUUGAUCAGUGAGGGAGAGGCUCUUCGUCUGCGAGCAGUGUGACGGCGAUGGAGACCUGGGGGUGGGGGGGGGGGGUCAGGGGUCAUCACAGCAUUCACAACUCCCAGCCUUUCCGUCCUCAUGGAGGGAUGACAAAUGGGAUGAAGAACGUCGUCAACGUUGUUACUUUGAAUCAUGUAUGUUCUUUUUUUUGGUGGUAAGAGAGGCUGUGUGAGAAGCUGACACUAGUGCUGCUACAGAUUUUAACAAUAAUUUUCUAUGUUCACCUACAAACUAACAUUCCACUGCUAGUGUAAUGUGACCGCAGCUCUGUGCAUUGUGCUUAAAACAACUGGUCGACCCGCCCGAGCAAUAAUGGGAUGUAUGAUGUCAUCAUCUUGAAGCGUAUUUGGCAGGAUGUGAUAGACAUUUAUCAGGGAUAUAAUUUUCCUUUAGACUUUUCCUGAUCUCUGGGAUCACGAUUCGAGGUCAUCACACACCGGAUAUGUUCUCUUGUCAACAAGUUGUUGAGGAUUUACGUGUCCUAAAAGGGCCAAUUUCCACUUUAAAUGUGAAGUUGAAAUGGUCAAAUUUGCAGACGUGUUGUGUAUUUUUAUUUUUUUACAUUUGUCAAUAUGGGGGAAAUGUACUUUUAUUGAUUUAAUAUAUGAUUAUGUCACAUUUGGGUUGUGGCUGUUUAGUUUUAGAGAAGCGAUUGUAAUAUGAGGCGUUUACACACACAUGUGGUACAAAUGCUGGAUGCUUUUAUUAUAAUUUUGAAUGUGAGAUGUAUUGUUCUGUUCCCAACAAAUAAUGUACUUGACUUUAUUUCUCAAUGUCAAACAUGUCACAACACAUCAUAGGCAAUGUGAUGUUGAAUCAUUUCGUCAUGGGGUUAUGUUCUCAACCUGGACGUAAAGUCGCCGUGCUUGUUUGUAAAUCUCAGGGAUUAAAAGCUCCUCACAUGUGA